AGUGAAAUUUGCGCGCUUGUACACGGAAGAGCUGUCGCUGGGUGCUUACAUCUUAGGAGCAUGUUCUUUCUAGCAUUGUUUAUGAGUUUCGUCAACGCCAUUUUAGCAGUCUCUCUCAGGGAAGAAUUAGUUUACCCAAAGUUGUUGCAGCAGAGAAGCGACGACGGACGGUUGCUCCUUCGAAUUAACGACGACAUGACGCUGCGCCUGCAGAAGAGCUCAGUGUUGGCCGAUGACCUCUUUUUCACGACCAAUGCCGGCAGGCAGUCCGAAGAUACAUUGUGGAAUGGAUCUCGUAUAGAAGAAAACCUGUACCACGACAGCAAGUAUCAAUCGUCGAUUAUGCUUUACGAAGACGACCACUCAGUGAAAGUGGAAGGUAUAUUAAGCGCGACAUUGAGGAUAAAACCAAUGCCAUCAAGCGAACGCUCCGGAGAUGCUUCAAUACUUCAUAAAGUUUACGAAAUUGACGACGUAAAGCAAAAGUUUGACGAAACGGCUGAUACUUGGAUCACACCCUUCAAUGUUCCUUGGUUCAACGCGCCAUGGGGGUCGUCGACUCAGCCACCACCACCGGCGAAUGGGGAGCUGCCCGAAGAGUACGUCGCAGAAGUCCAUGUAGUGUCUUGCAGCAGCCACGAGAAGCAGUUCGAGACAAACGAAGAACUCAUCGCCUACAUCGCCGUCUUAAUGAACGCAGUGAAUAUAUGGUACGAAGGAAUGGAGAACCCCAGAAUAAGGACGAAAAUCGUUGGCAUUACCCGCAAUACAGAUGGUGACUACGAAGUAAGGGAAGACGGUUAUUUAAUUGCUGACAGAACUCUCAACAGAUUCGCCGAGUAUGCCGACCAAAGUAUCCCUGGAAACCCUGACGCCGUUUACUUGAUGACCAGCCAGGAAAUGGCAUCUAUUUCGCUUUCUGGAACUAUCGACACUGGCGUCGCAGGCCUGGCAUUCGUCGGAACGCUGUGCGCAUUCCAGAAUGUCGCCAUUGGUGAAGACCCGGCUGGCAGCUACAAAGGAGUUUACCCAGCCGCCCACGAGCUCGCGCACACGUUGGGCUCAGUCCAUGACGGUGAUCCCGGAAUGAGAGCGAUACCCAACAGCCCGGGAGCCAAAGAUUGUCCUUGGGAAGAGGGCUACCUCAUGAGCUACGCGGACGGCGGCAGUAAAAAGUUCGAGCUGUCACCAUGCAGCCAAGGCCAGAUACGGGCGCUACUCAGGCACGUGCCGCAGACAUGCUUGGACGAAAACUCCGACAAGGAUUACAUGUCGAGUCAUCGGAAAGCACCAGGCCAAGUGAUCAGUGCCGAAGAUUACUGCAACAUUCUGAUGAAGCAUCAGGGACGCGGCGUUCCGUUGAUGAAAGCGGACAUGCUAGAACAGUGCCGGUUUCAAUGCUGUUUGAGAACGUACUAUGGCCCUGGUAGGUGUAAUACGGAAUUCGUCCCCGAAGGAAUGCAGUGUGCUGAAGGCAAGACUUGCCGAAAGGGUAUUUGCGGCGACUUCAAAUGGGAGCGCUAACACUUUCAUGGUAGCAUCGAUGCCUUCAAAAUGCGUCACACGGUGACGUGCCUACAUUUAUCUCAUUAGCUUCGGAAAUCACACUAACGUGAAAGUCAAUGCUAAAAAUAAAGUUUUUUUUUUGCUUUUUUGAAA